CUGUGCGUACACUCCACACCUCGCCUCCGUGCUUCCGUCUCGCACUUCCGGACAUAAAGUGCGACCAUGGCCAUGGCGGCGCUGCGGGAAACCUCCCGCUGUUUGGCGUCCAGGGGGAGAUCUGCGGCCUGGCGACCCGUGCUCCUCGCGCAGUCCCGCGGCAUCACUUACAAGCUCUUCGUCGGAGGUUUAUCACAGUUUGCGACGGAAGCAAGCCUAGCAGAAGCAUUCUCACGUUACGGACAAGUAAUAGAAGCUACCGUCGUCAGGGAUAAGGUGACCGACGUACCGAAAGGAUUCGGCUUCGUGAAGUUUGCUUCCCCGGAGGAAGCCAAUAACGCGAGGGAAGAGAUGAACGGCAAGGCAUUGAACGGUCGGGUCAUAUACGUGGACAUUGCAAAGGCCAGACAGGACCGUGCUGCAGAUGCCCUCCCAAUAGCGAGAGGCCCUCCUAAGCCUAUCAGCAACGACUGAUAGAGGAAGGCCUUGGUGUGCGCUCCCAAUAGCGAGAGGUCCUCCUAAACCAAUUAGCAACGGCUGUUCAAGGAAUGCCUGGUGUGUAGUUCCCUCCCGUCCUCAGCUGGCAUACUAGUUCGAUUCUCAGAUACGGAGGCUCUUAGAUGAUGAAACGUGCCGUGAAAUAUUCUGCGGAACUUUGAGGUUCUGGUUGAACACAAGUAGAGUUUAUUUAGAUUUAAUUACCCGGAGUACUCGUGUCAUGCUUGUCCGGAUCAGACACUGCGUUUGCUUGUCAUGACAGGUGCUGCUUUAAUAAAUCCGUGGUGCUAGCCACACGAAACAUCUUGAUGUUACA